AUGCUGCUGAGAAGAGCGUACCGUCCUUUGGGGCGUUCCUUUGCAAGAAUCGGGUUCAUGUCCCACUCGACGAUAGCCUCACAGGAACCGGCCGAUUCCGAGACGGUCUCGAGUGCCAUCGAUAAUCUGUCCAAGCCCGUACAUGUGCAGCUGCCGAAGAGAAAUCCUUUCAUGAAAUCCAUGUUUCUUGGUACAGUCGAUACGGAACUGUUAUCUUUUCCGGAAUCACUCAACAGAGAAGAGCAAGCGCGUGUUACGAAACAAAAGGAAGACCUGGAGCGAGUAAUGCGAUCCGGUAGUAAACAAUCCGCCACCGGCACGGAGCUUUACGGCCUGCAAGGACCGCUAGAGUACGGUGGCAAUCAGUUCAUCGAGACGGAGCUAGCGUUUGUUAAUGAACCGCUCAUGGAUGAUCGUUCCAAAUCGCUGGUCGCACUCGAACAUAAUGCAAUCGUGAAGUUGAUCGCACAGUACGGUACCGAUGCAGCGAAAGACCUUUACCUAUCAAAGCUGUGCAGCGGUGCAAUGAUUGCAGCCAGUGCACUGUAUGAGGUGGACAGUCCCCGGCAAACGAUGUUCAGUACGGUCGCCACGCUAGACUUUACUAGCGGCAGUUGGACACUGAACGGGUCGAAGGUGUUCCUGCGGAAUGGAGCAACCAUCCCCGGACUGCUGCUCGUGAUCGCAUCCACCAAAAACAUGCAAAAGCUGAGUAAAGAAGACGGUACGUUUGCAGCAUUUCUACUUGACACGAACACACCCGGCGUUCGUAUAUCGCAGGACGACCUUGGCAAUGGCGGUCUCGCACGAGUAACAGUACAGAUGAACCAUGUAGAGAUACCCGAAACACAUGUGGUCGGGAUGGAAUCCGACGGUGGUACGAUACUGUCCAAAUAUCUGUCUGCGGUCCGCGUGCAGUCCAGUGUGGUACGUGUGUCACUGCUAAAGAAGGUGCUGAAUUCGCUAACCGAUUUUUGCAUCAAUUCGAACACUUCAAUCGGUGACAUGAUGGAUAUUGAAAUCGUACGGGAGCAGUUGGCACGCAUGGCAAGCAUAAUUUAUGCGUCCGAAAGCCUAAUCUACAUGACCACCAGUAUGAUGGAUGAUUUCGAAAAUCAGGACGUAGAGAUGGAGGCUGCUAUAACAAAAGUCUUUACGACGAGUAGUUUGCUCAACCAGGCGAUGCUUCCGUUGCAGUUCCUGGGUCCGCAGGCGCUAAGCAAAGAGUACUGUUUCGAGGACCUGUUCAACGAUGCGCUAAAGAUGUUCAUUGGCAAUGAAUCAGUUGACUCGGUCAACCUGUUCAUUGCCCUGUCAGGACUGCAAUACGCAGGUAUGCACUCGUACGAAACGAUUAAAAAGGAUCGUAACCCUGCCAUGAACCCGUCGUACGUACUGUCCAAACUAUUCGAGAAAACGUCGAUAGAAAAUCCGAAGAAGUUUGCCAACCUGCAGCAAUACUUCCAUCCCUCACUCGAACCGGCCGCACACUGGAUCGAGCUGUCGAUCGUGCGACUGAAGCUCGCCACAGAGUGUAUUCUGUCCCGGCACGGUGUGAAAGUGGUCGAACGGCACAUUGAGCUGGCCCGGCUGGCAAACGUCGCGACGCUGAUUUAUGCGAUGAUCGCCAGCGCAUCCCGUGCCUCUCGUUCGUACUGUAUCGGAUUGCGGCAUGCUUCCCAAGAUGUGCACCUAGCGAACAUGUUUUGCCGAGAGCACAGUGAAAAGAUUCGAAUGCUGGCGCUGGAACUCGAAAAGGGACCGUACAUUACGAGCGAUGACGAUUACAGCGUAAUAGCGCGCAAUUUGUUCCGUGAGAAGCGCUAUUAUUUCGAGCAUCCGAUUACGAAGAACUUUUAA